GAUGACCUGACAAAUCUCUACAAUUAUCAGCAGUCUUCGUAUCAAUCGCGUACAUCAAAUUCUACUCCUUCAGUUACCCUAAAAUCUAACACCUUAUCCUUGCGGCCAUUUGCAACAAUUAUAAAAGCAGUCGACACCUUUUAGGGUUGUGUUUGCAGAGAAUACCUGAACCUAAAAACGUCAAAAUGCUGAAGUUCCUACUGGCAGUCGUGUUUUGCACGCACUUUGUAUGUGCCAUGCCCAAAGAAGAAGAAAUGGUCUUUAGAGAACUGCUGAAUGACCUGGUCGAAAAAGAGAAAGUAGGCAGGUCAAAUGGUGGCGAGAUGACCGAUGAAGAAACGCAUCCGCCAUCGGAAGACAAGCGAGAGAUCGUGAAAAGGUCCGCUCUGACGGAUUCCGAGAAGCAGGAGUACGUGGACGCCCACAAUGAGUUCCGAAGGCAGACCACGCCCACUGCAGGAAACAUCAGAUAUAUGAAAUGGAGCGAUGAAUUAGCCACUGUAGCCGCAAAUUAUGCCGCCAAGUGUAAGUGGGCCCACAAUGGCGCAAGAACGUCGUCUCAAAGGACCUUCAAUUAUGUCGGAGAGAACAAGUACAUUAACUCGGCUAAGAAAAAUAUUCAUAGAUCGGUGGAGUAUUGGUGGCUAGAGAAUAGCAAGUAUGAUUAUGAUACACAGACUUGUAGCUCUGGAAUCUGUACUCACUACACACAGGUUGUCUGGCAUAACUCAGAGUACGUGGGCUGCGCUGUUCAGUUUUGUUCCUCCAUGAAUGGCCUAAGUGGUUGGAAUAACGUAUACUUCCAUGUCUGCAACUAUGGGGAAGGAGGAAAUUAUGUAGGACAAGACCCGUACUCUAAAGGAAGCAGCUGUUCCGUAUGUACAGAUGACUGCUGCAAGGAGGAUUUGUGUGUCCCGAUCCGUUAAAUAUCGAUCGAACAGUUCUUCUCAUGGGGAAAAAGGCCAUGAAUUCUUAGAAUUUAGAGUUUUAAACCAACCUGGUUAAUUUGUUAUAAAAAUUGGAAGUUUCUACACCAAGCUAAUCCUUCUCCAUUCAUGUGUGACAAUUUUUUUUUGUUUGUUUUUUGUUUUGUUUGUUUUUUUUUCUUUUUAAUUUAUGAACUUUUUACAUGUAAGAUAUAGACAGUUGUCUGGUGUAAUUCUGCGAUUUGAAAAGAAGAAAAACAAAAUUACUAUAAAAUAAAAUUACAUGUAGAAGCAGAGAA